AUGUCGACUACCAGGGUUCGACGGCAAAACCACAGUUGCGAUUUUUGCAAAAGGUCGAAAAAGCUCUGCGAUGGCUAUGUGCUCAACAGCACAAAGGCACAAGCAGAGGCUGCUGGCGAUGCAACAGACCCCAAGAUCUUGCCUUGCUCGUAUUGCGUCAGAACAAAGAAGCAAUGCCCUCUAAAUCCUCAUUGGGUUCGAGCAAGGUCCGCUGGAGCCGCCCCCAAGAGCGAGUCGUCUGCGUCUCCAGCAGCCGAAAAUAGCGCACGAAAAAUCUCUCGCAGCAAGCGACAGAGAACGGAACAUCGAGAUGUAUCGACUUCUGCAUCCAGAGACUUUGAUCUCAGCUCAAGCGACAUGCUCAACCUACUUCCAACCCCAUCCCCGAGCAACUUCCAGUACUGGGAAGUGCCUAUCCCUAGCUUGGAGGGCCCCGAGGCUUUUCCGGCGGACGAUACUUUUGCUUUUCUCGGGUUAGAGACGGAAUCUCCGGAUAAUCCUUCCGAGAUUAGUCUUAGGGAUGUCAAUUCCGAAGCGCCUGGCGGUUCCACCGAUAGAUCCAGCGAGUCUUUGCAGGACGCCUUGUCCAACCUCACAGCUACCUUUAGAUCACAACCAUCAGAGUUUGACUUUCAAGCUUCAUGGGACUUUACUCAGCAACUCUCGACAAGUUAUGGAUCCGGACUUUCCACUCGGUCGGCACCUCUGAGAGGAAAUGUCCGAAGAGAUCAUCGUCAUCGUCGACCUCGACCCCCAACUUGGCUUGACAACACCAGUGCAUCGCCUUCACCUUUUCAUCCCGAGUUUGGAUUGAUGGAACGACAGAAUAGCAAACUCAUGACGGAAAGUCUGCUGCAAGUCUACCAUGAUGUCCUGGAAAACAAUCUUGCGUGCUGGCUUGCAGACGACACUUGCCCAUACAAAAUGCAGAGCAAAAGCAGCCGGCGUGGGCGGAUGAACUCAGUAGCAGCAACCUUCAUGCCAGGAGAUGCCCCCAUACUGCCUGAAUGGGGAACGGUAUGGUCCAACCGGAUCUACCGUCGGGUUGUGCAUCUUGAUCAGGUUGCACGUGCAGCCAAGCUGGUUCGCCUUACCCGUGCUGAGAGUCAGUCUGCAUCAAGGGCCCUGGAUCUAGUUAUUAUGGCCUUUGCAACACAAUUCUCUCAAGGGAGCAAGCAUCGACGACGGCGUCUAGGUUCUAUCGAUCCUCUGGAGCCAGAACCGCCGAGGGAUAUUGCCGAUGAACUCGCUGACGAGUUUGAGCAGAACCUUCAAUUGUCAGUUUGGGAACAAGCAAAGAAGGCUCUGCAAGAUGUUUCUGAAGUUGAAUCUUAUCGCGUGGUGUACGCAGAGCUGAUAUUCGGGCUCACGCAACGACCGCGAACCAACGAUGACUCUCCAGAUGACUUCAGACCCCGCAAGAGUAAGGUUGGGAACGCCAAGAUUUCGGCAUUACCUCGAGUGUUACAGCUCAUGUCUGAAGAUGGGCCCCCGACUUUCAUGGAGAGGGCUGCUCGAAAGAUGCAGGCUCUCAAGUACAAUUUUGAAGCGAAUGAAUCGGGCUUCUUAGAGACGAGUCAACUAUAUCAACAGCACAACGAGAUUCGUGUUGAUAUGGAGGAGAGAGGCACGAUCGGGUUGUUGUUCUGGCUCGCCGUCAUGUUUGAUACUGUCUCUUCAUCCAUGAACGAGCGGCCGAUCGCCUUAGCUGAUGAGGAUUGCGAACAUGACGCAGCUCAAGAACAGCUAGCGAGUAAGGCUGCAUCAGAGUCACAACAGGCCAACAUGCGUUGGGACCUCAACCUGUUCGCUCAAGAUGGCCCGAACACACUUCAUUGGCCUUGUCCUCAGGAGGUGGCGGCCGAGGUUGUGACACGGGCAGCACCGAUCAAAGUGUUGCUAUUUCGGCACGUCUCAUACCUACAAAACGCCCUGCGGAAGAAGUUUUACCAGCAAGUGGAAGAGAUCAUCCAGAGCACUAUCUCCACGUAUCGAUACUGGAACACAACAUACGGCGCCUUCUUCCGAGAUUUGGUCCGGGAUUACGAUUCAGUGCCUCCCAGGAUGAAGUCAUGGUUCGUUUGUAUCGCAAUACCGUGGCAUCUGGCCUCUCUAAUGCUCUCCGACUUGAUCGACUUUGUGGAUCGGAACAACUUGGGACGCAAGGAGGCCACAAUGUCUCGGAUCAACUCCAAAAUGACUGCUAGGAUACGCAAGUCAAGCGCCAUUGAACUAGCCGAUCUCGCACGAGUUACAUCGCCACCACCAGACAUGGUCGGCAGUCCAGCAGACCAACUCCCAAACUUCCACUUCGCCGUUAACCAAGGUCCAUUGCUUACAGAGCCGUGGACUAUCCUCUUGAUUCGAGGGUUCGCCAAGGCUGCAAUCUUUCACUUGGGCGUAGCAGAGGACUUGAGGCAGCAUGAGUUGUCACUGGGACAUGAUAAUGAGGAUUUGCAGCAGAGUCUCAAACGGACGGAGUAUUGUAUUGGGGCGCUUUGGUCUUUGGGUCGCAAGUCGCAGAUGGCGAAGGAUAUUGCAGAGGUUCUUGAUGAGGAAUUGAGGAGUUAG